CCGCUGCUGCUGCUCUGCAGAAGUGUCCGAAGGAAAAAGGCCCCAGCAAGCAAACUGCCGACCGUGGGCGCUCCGAUCGCGGAAAAGUGCGUGAAAAUUAGUGAAAAACUGUCCCGAAGUGGUGCCCACCGGUGGCCGGAACCGGUCCGAAGCAGUUGCGGUGCAGUGCGACCGUGGAGCAGGUCCAGAAGUUAAAAUAUUCCUGUCGUCGUGGAGAAAAGCACGUGUGCGUACGUGUGUGUAUGUGUGAUUUAAUCGCGCGCUCUCUCUCUCUCUUACCCGGCGUUUAACGCUGUGCAUGUGCGCCGUUUGUAAAGGUUGGUGUCCAUCGUCCGAUUAGAAGAAGGAAGAAUCGCCAACAAAAGGAAUGUGAACGAGCAGGAAGAUAAUAGUGUGUGAAUUGUGUGUGUUUUUGAGCGUGAAUAGAGCACCGAGAGAAUGCAGUCUCGUUAGUGAGGGGGGUUUAUUUUGAAGUUUGUUUUUUUUUACAUAUCCUUCUUAAGCUUGAGGGGAUUGCUCUCUCACUUGCGUCAAGUGGCGAAAUCAAGCUCAAAAGAGGCUGUUUUGAGCAUCAGCGUGAUUAAGCGGGAAUGGAAGAGCGCUAAAGAAGAAGCGAAGAGAAGAGCGUAUGAGAUUGAAGAUUAGUAAUGCUUAAGGUGAAGAAACAUCGCGCGGCGUGACGACGACGAAGAAACGGAAAUUGCGAAUUUCAUCGAUGCGUUGAAAAGUUUAGUGUCGAUGACGGUGUAAUUACGGUGGAAGAAGCGCGAAAUCCCGCGGUUUUUUUGUGACCUAGAAGAGUUUGAUUAAAACGAUCACGUGUUUGUGUGUGCGGAAGCCGCUUAGCGCGAAUUCCGCCAGGAUGAGCUAAGCCGGGGAGGUUGAUGAAGAUGGCACAGCAACAGACUGAGCUGAAAGAUAGUAUUGCAAGCGAUCAUCAUUUGGGCGCGGAUCAGCAACACCAUCAACCACAGACAAACAAGACGAGUAAUUUGCAAAAUGGUACCGAUACUCAUCCCGGUGGAAAGAAUUCUCAAAGUGGUCCAGUAAUGGGUGGGGAAAAGGGAGUGAAAUCUCCGGCGGCGGCGGGUGGCAAUGGCACCGGCGGUGGAUCUUCGCCGGCAUCCGGUGGACCACCGUCGGCUCAUCCGGAAGGGCCACCGCCCGGAAUGCAUCCGUACGAUCACAUGCCACCUACCAGCAAUGCCGGCCCAACCCAGCAGGACCCGGCUGCCAACAGCAAAGAAGGCGGUGGUGCUCCGGACAUGCACCACCAUCACCAGCAGCACCCGAUGCAGCAUCAUCCGCAGCAUCCCCAGCACCAGAUGUACGGCCAACCGCCGAUGCAGCACCAGCAGUACCCGCGCUAUCACCACGACCCAAACAUGCCCCCAAGCGGGCCCGACCCGUACGCCCACUACCGGAUGGGAGCCGGCGGUAAACCCGGCUCGAUGAUCCCCCCAAACCGGCCCCCUCCCAACCGGUACAUGCCCCCGCAACAGCAGCAACAACAUCCCGGUCAGCAACCACCACCCGGCCAAACGCCCACCCUGAACUCCCUGCUCCAGUCCCAUCCGCCCCCGCAGCAGCAGCAGCAGCAACAGCAUCGCUAUCCCAACAGCUACGAUCCAAACGCGGGGCCACCGCAGCAGCAACCUCCGGGUGGGCAGUCUGGCGGACAGCAACCACCGCCGGGUGGGCCUCCGGGACAGGGUGGACCGUACGGGGGUCAUCAGCAGCAGCAGGGAUGGGCACCGCCGCCCCGGCCGUACAGUCCGCAGAUGGGCGGAUCGCAGCCGUACCGACCGCCGCCACCGGGCAAUAACGCACGAGGCCAAUCACCCUACCCGCCCGGUCCCCCCGGUCAGAGUCCCGGCGCCGGCUAUCCUCCCCAGCAAGGUCCUGCCCCACAACAGCCGGGAGGUCCGCCACCACCACCUCCUGCGCAGCAACAACAGGGAACGGGACCGACACCACCUCCGGCGGGACCCAACGGACCGCCACCUUCCGCCGGUGGUCCCCCGGGCCAGCAGUCGGCGACUCCGCCCACCACCGGGGCGGGCGGACCUCCUGGACCGCCCGGCAGCAACCAGUAUACUCCCUACCAGCAGCAGCGAUACCCGACGCCACCGAACGCCGGUGGUGGACCGAACCAUCGAUCGCCCUAUCCGCCACCGCACCAGUACGAACCAGUGAGGUCGUGGCCAUCGCCCGCGGCCAGCCCGGGCCCCGGCGGUCAGUCGCAUCUGCCACCGUCCCCGCACGGUCCGCCCCAGAGCCCGGGAGGCCAGCAGCAGCAACCGCCACAGCACGGUGGUGCCCCCAGUCCGUCCCCGCAGCCACCACAACCCGCGCAGUCCCCGCAUCAGGAUUCAACGGGCCAAAACAGUAAUGACAGCUCGAGCGGAGGCGGAACUGGUGGUGCUUCCGCUGCGCCCGGCACACCCAACUCCCAGGGCAUGAGGCCUAGUCCGUCGCCGACUGGUUCCUCUGGGUCCCGAUCUAUGUCGCCGGCAGUUGGUCAGCAAAGUUUACCGAUGCCGCCGCGCCCCUCCAGUAGUCACUCCCAAGUUCCAAAUCAGCAACAGCAGCAGCAGCAGCAAGCACCGAAUCAAUUAGGUAGUAGUAAUAGUAAUCUAGGCCACGGUAAUCAAUCGCAACAGCAGCAGCAGCCGCCGGAUCAUUCGAGAGUUGCGUCCCCGAAUCGUCCUCCUUCCGGUGGUCCCCAGGGUCCACUACCGCCGCCACAGCAGCAGCAACAGCAACAGGGCGGCAUGGCAGCUCAAGGUUAUCAGACGCAACCGCCGCAUCCGCCGCACAUGCACGGUGGCUACAAGAUGGGACCAAGUCCCGGCGGGCCGGGCGCUGGAAUGCCCGGACCGCAGCAGAUGUCACCAUAUCCGCCACACAAUCCUCAAUCGCAGCAGUAUUCACCACAUUCGCAGGGCAGUUACUCGCCCCGGCCGCAAUAUCCGGGCGCGUACGGACCCUCACCGGGCGGUCCCGGAGGCCAACCCGGGCAACCUCCGCCCCCGGGUCCGCCGCCGAACAGUGUAGCCGGUGGUCCGGGCGGUUACCCCGGCCAUCGUAUGCCAAACCACGUCGGUGGACCGCCGCCACACUCCCAAUAUCCUCCCCACCAGCCGUACCAGCAGGGCUGGGGACCUCCCCAAGGCCACGUCAACAACCACCAGCAGCAACAACCCGGCCAACCGGGCAAGGGUAUGCCACCCUCGCCCCAGCAGCCGAACCAAACACAGUCCCAGCAGGGACCACCACCCGGAGGACCACCGCAAAGCGGAUCCCCGCGGCCCCUCAACUACCUUAAGCAGCAUCUACAACACAAGGGCGGCUACGGCGGAGCGCCCAGUCCAACGCCACCGCCACCCCAGGGCUACGGCAACGGGCCCGGUAUGCAUCCCCCGAUGGGUCCACCCCACCACAUGGGCCCACCGAUGGGACCGACCAGCAUGGGUCCACCCUCCGGCACUCCUCCCAACCAGCCCCCGGGCCACCCCGGUCCCAACAGUCAUCCGGACGGGCUACCACCACAGCAGCAGCAGCAACAGCAGCCGCAGCAACCGCCCCAUCCGGAAUCGGGCCCGCCCGGCAUGCUCGGCCAGCAGGACAACGGCAUCAGCUCGUCCGGGCCGGGCGGCGGCGGCGGGUUGCCACAUCCAGUUACCUCACUCGUUACAACGGGACCUGAUGGCGCUCCUCUCGACGAAGUCAGUCAGCAGAGUACCAUAUCCAAUACCUCAGUAGCUUCCGGCGAAGACCCGCAGUGCUCGACGCCCAAGUCGCGCAAAGGCGGCGGCGACCUGUACAACCAAAGUCACCUGGCCAACACCCCGACGACGGCGUCGCCCGGACCGCACAACCAGCACGAAGACUUCGAGAUGAACUCGCCCACAUCCUGGCCCCGGACGCCAGCUAGUCCAGUAUUUAACAGCCACGUUCCUCCCGCGGAGACUCCUUUUAGAUCGACUAAGAAAUCCGACAGCCUGAACAAGCUGUACGACAUGGACGACAAGCCGGAGCGGAGGCCCUGGCUGGACAAGCUGCUCGCGUUUAUGGAGGAGCGACGCACGCCGAUCACGGCCUGUCCGACCAUCUCCAAGACGCCGCUGGAUCUGUACAAGCUGUACGUGUUGGUGCAGGAGCGGGGCGGUUUUCUUGAGGUGUGUAAGGUUACCAAGAGCAAAACGUGGAAGGACAUUGCCGGCAUGCUCGGAAUCGGCGCCAGCAGCAGUGCGGCGUACACGCUGCGAAAGCACUACACCAAGAACCUGCUGCCGUUCGAGUGCAAGUUUGACCGGGGUGGCAUCGAUCCGGGCCCGAUCAUCGCCCAGGUCGAAGCGGGCUCCAAGAAGAAGUCGGCGAAAACCGCUUCGGUUCCCUCUCCGGGUUCCUCCAACUCGCAGGACUCGUUCCCGGCCCCGGGCAGCAGUAGCGCCUCGAUGGACGGCUACGGUGCCUACCCGGGCGGUGCAGGCUAUCCGCCGGGUGGUCCGGCAGGAGCAGGAGGUGCGGGCGGUCCCGGGGACUAUCCGCCGAAUGCGCCGGCGGGUCAGACGCCGGGGGGACCGCCAACGCCCGGACAGCAGCCACCUUCGGUGGUGGGACAGCAGCGGCCACCGUCGCAGCAGAGCGGAACGCAAUCUCCUCAUCCAGGCUCGGCACCACCGACCACCGGAGAUAACAUUGCGGUGAGCAAUCCCUUCGAUGAUCCCGUCGGUCCCCAGCGGCCACCGUAUCAGCAGGGUGCUCCCUAUCCGCCGGCAUCGCGAGGGCCACAAGGUGCGCCCUACCAGGGACAGCCGGGAUCCUACCAGUACGGUGCUCCGGAUCAGUACGGUCCGGGAGGCGCCCCUGGGCAGUAUCCGCCGGGCCAGCAAGGACAGUACCCGCCCAGCAGUAGACCCAUGUAUCCGCCCUACGGACCGCCGGAAUCCGGUGAAGGACGAUCAACGCCACCCGCACCGGGAUCGGCACCGCCCGGAGCCGGCGGCGACCCGUACCGAGGCUACGGAAGUGGCCCCUAUCCGCCACCGCCCCAGCAACGACCCUACCAGCAGCAGCAGCAGCAGCAGCAGCAACAGCAGCCACCACCAGCCCCAGGUCAGCAGGGUGCAGGUCCGUCGGGACAGACGGGACCACCGGGAGCGGGUCCGCCCGGCGUAGCCGGUCAGGGACCACCCGCGGCCGGAGGCCCGCCCGGAGGACAACCGCCGACGGCGGGCGCCCAGGGAGGUUACCCGGGAACGCCGCCGCAAGGGCCCGGGCAGCCGGAUUACUACCGACAGGAUCAGCCCAACCAACCGAGGAGGCAUCCCGACUUUGAGAAGAACCAGCAACCGUACCCGCCCUAUCAGCAGCGACCCAUGUAUCCUGGCGGUUGGCAGGGCCAGGGCCAGUACCGCGGCCAGUAUCCUCCGCAGGGACCCCAACCGCAACCGCAGUGGGGCUCGCACAACGGUCCCCGCCCGAGCGGACCUCCCGGAGCACCCGGAGGACCACCGCCAGGCGCCCCCAACCAGUGGCCGAGCUCGGCCGAUCCGAACGCUGCGAACCGAUAUCCCCCGGGCGGGCAGCCCCAGCAGCAAGGACCGGGAGGACCACAAGGGCCGCAGGGACCGUACCCGCCCCAUCAGCAGGGUCAACAGCAGCCCUGGAAUCAGAUGCCCCCGACGUCGCAGGGUUCCCCGCUGCGGCCACCGCCCCGAGGAGGCAAACCGUUCGCGUCGUCGAUGCAAGCUUCCGGCGGGAUGCCACCGGGAGGACCGGGAAUGCCACCCACUUCGCAGCCCCAACAACCCGGUGUCGGGAUUCCUCCGGGAGGAAUUCCGCAGGGUCCGCCAACCGGUCCGGCAGGGCCAGCGCCGAUGCCGGCGACGGGUCCGAGCGCAAAACCGAUGCAAGCUGGUCCACCGUUCCCACCGGCGAACGCCGGAGUCGCCCCCAAGCGGGACAUUGUCUUCCCGCCGGACAGCAUCGAGUCGACGGCGCCGAUUCUGUACAAGCGCAAGCGCGUCGCAAAGUUGGACAUUGGCCAGACCGAUCCGUGGCGGAUAUUUAUGGCGCUGCGGUCGGGACUGCUGGUGGAGAGUACGUGGGCGUUGGAUGUGCUGAACAUACUGCUGUUUGACGACUCGUCGGUGUCGUUCUUCGGGCUGUCGCACCUGCCCGGGCUGUUGAACCUUCUGUUGGACCACUUCCAGAAGAGUUUGAGCGAUAUGUUCGACACGAAGGACCGGAGGAACCGGUUCGGUCGGGCGUACGGAUGGUUCGGGAAGGAUUUGGUGGAGAGUGAUGAGGAGGAAGAGGAGGAGGAGGGAGAGGAGAAGAAGGCGAUUGAGGCCGUUGAAGUCAAGAAGGAGGUCGAGGACGGCGUAGAGAUCAAGCUAGAGAAUGGAGAGUUGCUGGACGAGGCCAAGCGGAAAGAACGGUUACGAGGGAGCAAGCGAUCUCGCGGUGCGGAGUUGGACCUGGGUUGUGUGCUGGAAGUGCCAACGCCGGACGAACGGAUAGUGGUGUUCAACGCCACCACCAACUACACGAUGAGUUCGCGCAAGGGACUGCCGGUGAAGAUUCAACCCGCGGAUGACGACGUGUUUGUGCUGCAGCACCGUCGGGACUGGGACCGGACGGCGGACGAUCGGUACCACCGGGAAACGGACGUCGGCGGCGAUCCCUGGACGGCGGGUCACUCCGAACCGGACCCGCACGACUACAUCAUGGACGCGUUCCAGGCGGAGUUUGUCAACAUUCCAUUCGCGCGGAUGAUCAAAACGAGCCGCCGGUACAAGGCACGCUGCAAGAACAACAACAACAAGCUAAGCAGUAACAACAACUGCAAACGGAUGCAGAAGCGGGGUUCGUUCGUGACGGACAGCAGCGAGGACGAAAGCGAAGGCGAUGCUCCGGCGUCGACGACGAAUGGGAUCGUGAAUGGGACGUCGGCGGUGGAUAGCGGUGCGGAAGAGGACUGCAAGCCGGCGGUGACGGUGAAGAAGGAACCUCCGUCGAGUGACGCCGACUGUCGGGAGAUCGACAUGGAGUUGGAGAAGAGCAGCAAUCUCUCGAAUGGACCCCAGCAGGAGGAGGGGAAGGAUGGCAGUGGGGAGGUCAAGAUGGAGAUUGAGGAGGAAGGCGGGGUUGCAGUCGCUGCCGCUGUUGCUGGAGUUGAGGAGAAGAAAAAGAAGGUGGUUGAGGAGAAGAAGUUCAACGUUGCGGCGACGGUGCGAGAUCCGGCGCGGGUGUUGAAGCGCCGGAAGAUGAGCGACUACGAGGACGAGUGCUACACGAGGGACGAAGCGAGUUUGUACCUGGUGACGGAGGGACACGACGCGCUGGCUCGGCGCUGCGUGGCCAUUUCGAACAUUCUGCGCAAUUUGUCGUUUGUCCCUGGGAACGAGACAGAGUUUGCGCGAUCUUCGAGGUUCCUGUCGAUCCUGGGAAAGUUGCUGUUGCUGCAUCACGAGCAUCCGGUGCGGACGAAGAAGACGCGCAACUACGACCGGGAAGAGGACGCCGACUUUAGCGAUUCGUGCAGCAGUUUGCAGGGCGAGUCGGAAUGGUGGUGGGACUUUUUGGUGCAAAUCCGGGAGAACAUGCUCGUUUCGAUGUCGAACCUGGCCGGUCAGCUAGAUCUGUCCCGGUUUGACGAACCCAUCUCGCGACCCAUCCUGGACGGUCUCCUGCAUUGGUCCGUCUGCCCUUCGGCCCACGGCCAAGAUCCCUUCCCAACGCUUGGACCCAACUCAGUAUUAUCGCCCCAGCGACUAGCCCUCGAGGCCCUCUGCAAGCUGUGCGUCACCGACGCCAACGUAGACCUGGUGAUAGCGACUCCGCCCUUCUCGCGGCUCGAAAAGCUCUGCUCGGUGCUGACGCGACAUCUCUGCAAAAACGAAGACCAAGUGCUGCGCGAGUUCUCCGUCAACCUGCUGCACUACCUUGCCGCCGCGGACAGUGCCAUGGCCCGGACGGUCGCCAUGCAGUCCCCGUGCGUAUCCUACCUGGUGGCCUUCAUCGAGCAAGCCGAACAAACGGCCCUUGGCGUCGCCAACCAGCACGGCAUCAACUACCUGCGUGACAACCCCGACUCGAUGGGCACCAGCCUGGACAUGCUGCGCCGAGCAGCCGGAACGCUCCUACAUCUAGCCAAACAUCCCGACAAUCGGCCACUCUUCAUGCAGCAGGAACAACGCCUGCUCGGCCUCGUCAUGAGCCACAUCCUGGACCAGCAGGUCGCCCUCAUCAUCUCCCGGGUCUUGUUCCAGUGCUCGCGCGGAACCGGCCCCCUCACCACCAUGGAAAUCGAAACCAACACCCCAAAACCGAAAAAAUCAACCUCCCCCAACGACCACCACCCGUCCGAGUCGUCCAAAUCGUCCAUGCAUUUAAACUCGAUCAUCGCCUCGAACGCUUCGAGCGGCAACGCCGCCAGCAGCAUGGCCCCACCCCCACCGGCGGCCGCCCCCUCCGGCAACAGCUCCGGGCCGCACUCGAAGGCUGCCUCGUCGGAACCGCUAACCCAGCUGACGACGGCCACCUCUUCCUCGAUGCCGGCCCCCGCCGCACCGGUCAACUCGGCCCCACCCGCGUUUGUGCCGCCUCCGCCACCUGCGCCAGCGCAACCGGAAGCGGCACCGUCGCCGCCAAAUCCGGCCGCGGCGGCAGCUCCGGCUCCAGCCCCGCAGCAGCAUCCCAUCACGGCUUCCUCGUAGUGGAAGAAAUCGCUAAUGCUGAAGCACAUUCAGCUUUAGGCGUCGCGGAUUGCAAAUAGUAGACAAUUAGGCAGGCAGAUCAUUGUGAAUAGUAGUAUUUUAAGAGAGAGAGGGAAAAAUGAGAGUGAGUGGGUGGGUGAAAGAGCGUGUGUGAGAAACAAAAAUGCAUUAAUGCGAUAUUAUGUGUUAGUAAUAUGUAUUGUGUAAAACAGAGAAGUUCUACCAUAAAACAAAUAGAAAACGCAUAAAACAAAACAAGAAGACGAGAGCAGCAAAUGUCUUCGCAAAAAUUGUGUAGAAUAUUUAAAAAAAAGCAGAUUGGACAAAGGCGAAAUGAAUUUUGAACGAACGUUUGUUGUUGAGAACAAUUAAGCAAGCAAAAAUAAGGAAACUUAAAACGGGACUUUUUUUUCUUUAAUCAAACUACGCGAAUCAGGAAUUAUUUAUGUUGUUUUGUUUGCUACUUCUAAGUAGGUUUUUGUCCGUUGUUUUACUGCUCUGGGUUUGUCUUGAGUGUGGUUUGACUAAAAUUGGAAGCGGAUUUAACUUUUCAUUUUUGUAAACAUCUUUUUUCAAGUGACUUUUAUGAAAUCGUGACUUGAACAGUUUGAACCUUUCGUUGCAAGAUUGCAUACAAGUUUGCGGUACUAGAUCCAGAAGAAGUACCAGAAUUUCUCACAUUUCUGUUUGAAUCCAACUGAUUUCUUGCUCUUCAAGCGAAGAGCAUUAAAAGUGUAAAACUCUGAAACGCAUAAAACAAGAUAUUCAGGCUGAUUGGUGUGGCAACUACUAAAAUGAACGAAAACAAAAGUUAGAAAAAAACACGCAAAAAAAAGGAACUAAACUGCAAUUGUGUAUACUCAUAGCGUUAAUUGAUUUUAGAGAGAAAGAAAUAACACACAGAAAAAAAAAAUAAAACUGACGCAAACUUAUCCAGGACGACGACAACGACGAAAUUGACAAAAGUUGUACAUUUUUACAGACGUGGAAAAACUGCAAGAAACCUACUUAACUAAAGUUGAAAUCGCUAAUUGGAUUGGGAAAAACGUGUAAUUAUUAUUUAUUUAAAAAGGUGGAAAACUGGGCGACGAAAUUAAACACACACACAGACACACAACAAAUAUUGAUCUAUUAACUGAUUGAUAGUGGAAGUAAAUUAAUGUGUUAGAAGUGUAGCUAAAGUAAAACGUAUAUAUUAUAGUGAAAGAAAACUGAAAAUCAAUGCAGAAAAAACAAAACCCAGAAAAAAAACCAUUAAACCCUAGCAUAUUACAAAAAAGUGGUACUAGAAUGUGGGCGUGGCUUCAGCGUGCGAGCGAGCAGUACUAGAAUGGUGGUUUGUGGUGGACCGCCUCCCCUAGUACUUCCUCUCCUCACACAGCUGCACACUGAAAAGAAAAAAAGAAUCAAUCUGAAUCUCUGUUAGGACUUUGGGGUUAAACGAAUAUUUAACAGGGGGAGUUUGAUGAAAAAUUGAGGAGGAAAAAAAAAGCUGCUAAAAUAAAAACUAGUGAGAUAUACGGUUUAAGAUCUAAGCUGGGAGGAUACUUGAGUGUGGGCAAAAGAAAAAAAAAACUAGCUGUGGUAAACUAAAGUAAAGAAAAAAUGGUGAAAACAAAAUAAAUAAUAAACAAGUAAAUAUAAAUAUAACGAAAACAAAAA